UAAAUAAAAAAAAACAAAUUCUCAAUUUCUUUUUAUUUUUAUAUCAUUUGCCCUGUUUCCUUGAUUUUGGAGUCAAAGUCCGGAAGAAGAGAGAGAGAGAGACAGAGCGCGCAAAGAUGAGAAGAGGAAGAGAGAGAGAAAGAGAAGGGGGAGGGCAGAGUAGCUGAAGCUCAACACUUUAUUCUCUUCAAAUUCGGUUCUUUCAUUUGCCCCUAAAGAUUAGGAUUUGAAGGAGAAAGUUCUCCCAACAACCCAACUUUAAAACUAUUUCUCACUGCCUCCCAUUGCACCUUGCAUUGCUCCCCUCUCCAGAAAAGGACCCAGUUUUCAUCACUUCAUGAGCUAAUCUCCUCUUCCAAUUUCCCCCAAUUUGCUUGGCUUCGAUCCCUAAGCUCUCAAAUCGAGAAACAGAAACAUUUAAGGCAGCAAAAAGCCUCAUUUCCUCUUUAUUAAAGUAGAUCAGGAAGCAAUCCUGUUUUUUCUCCUUGUUCUUCUGAUACGACAACCCAGAAAUCAUAUUUGUCGACUAGGCUAUUCUCCUUGUCCGGCAUAAAAACCCUUCCUUUGUCCUCCUCUGUGUCAGUGAGUCUCUUAUUCUGAUGGGAAUGCCUCUUUCAUUGCAUGCUGAGUAAGCCGAAGGGCUUGAAGGUUGUCCAGAGACAAUGAGAGAUGGGAAUUCUAAGAAAAGCAAGCUUUCAUGGUCCAAGUCUCUUCUUCGGAAAUGGUUCAAUCUCAAGGGCAAAUCUCAGGACUUCCAUGCUGAUGAUGUCGUCAGAAGAGGAGGCAGUGGAGAAUGGAGGAACAGUUUCACAGAGAGGAGCUCAUCUACUGUAAGAAAGAGUAAAACAGAAAGACUAUCUCGUAUGAACCCUGACCGAUUUCAGCGAGGAAAGAUUGACUGUGAUGUAUCAGAAGUCACAGAGACACAAGAAUUCAGGAUCUUUGCUGCAACAUGGAAUGUUGGUGGUAAAUCCCCACCAAGUUAUUUGAAUCUUGAGGAUUGGCUCCAUGCCUCUCCUCCUGCAGAUAUAUAUGUAUUAGGGUUUCAGGAAAUAGUUCCACUUAAUGCCGGGAAUGUUCUCGGCGCAGAAGACAAUGGACCGGCGAAGAAAUGGGUAGCUCUAAUUCGAAAAACACUUAAUAAUCUUCCUGGCACAAGUAGCAGCAGCAGCUAUCAAACACCUUCCCCAGUUCCAGAUCCAGUUGUUGAGCUUGAUGAUGAUUUUGAAGGUUCAUCAUCAGCUCAUCAGAGAAAUUCGUCAUUUUUCCAUCGCCGUUCCUUUCAGUCCUUGAGUCGUAGCUUAAGAAUGGAUGGUGACAUGCUUGUCCCCCAACCAAGGCUGGAACGAAGACAUAGCGUAUGCGAGCGUGUUAUGUUUGGGAGCAGACCGAGCGAUUUUGAUCCCAAUUUUAGAUGGGGUAUUGGCUCUUCUGAUGAUGAGAAUGUCGUUGGGGAUUCACCAAGCACUGCUUACUUUUCGCCAAUGUCUUAUGCUUACGGCGCUUCAUCAUCCAUGGAAGAGAGAGAUGCAUCAAUAGGAUAUUCUAGGUAUUGUUUGGUUGCCAGUAAGCAAAUGGUUGGGAUCCUUCUCAUGGUCUGGGUUAGAAGUGAAAUAAGAGAUGAUGUCAAGAACAUCAAAGUCUCUUGCGUGGGGCGAGGAUUGAUGGGAUAUCUUGGAAACAAGGGUUCGAUUGCGAUAAGCAUGUCUUUGCACCAAACAAGCUUCUGCUUCAUCUGCAGCCAUUUAACUUCAGGCCAAAAGGAGGGUGAUGAAUUGCGAAGGAAUUCUGAUGUAAUGGAGAUCACAAGGAAAACUAGAUUUCCGCGUGUCAAUAGAAUUGAUGAUGAGAAAUCCCCUGAAUCAAUCCUUGAACAUGACCGAAUAAUAUGGCUCGGCGAUCUGAACUACCGGAUAGCUCUGUCUUAUCGAUCGACAAAGGCUCUUGUGGAGAUGCACAACUGGAAAGCAUUACUGGAAAAAGAUCAGCUUCGAAUAGAGCAAAGAUGUGGCCGUGUCUUCGAGGGAUGGAGUGAAGGAAGGAUUUACUUCCCGCCUACUUACAAAUAUUCGAAUAACUCAGAUCGAUAUGCUGGAGAUGAGUUGCAUUCCAAAGAAAAACGUCGCACACCAGCUUGGUGCGAUCGUAUUCUAUGGUAUGGAAGAGGACUAAACCAACUAUCGUACGUGCGGGGGGAAUCGAAGUUCUCGGACCAUAGACCAGUCUAUGGCAUUUUUGUUGCAGAAGUUGAAUCCAUUAACCAUAGCAGAAUCAAGAACAUGAGCUUCCCUAGUGCACGAGUCGAAAUUGAGGAGCUUCUCCCAUACUCACAUGGAUAUGCAGAGCUUGGUUUUUUCUGAAAGCAGGUGAGAGAACUUGUUUUCUCAUUUGAGUUACAAAGAAUGAAUGCAGCCAAGAGCUCUCUUUCCCAAAUGGUGUGUGUGCUUGAAGGAAGAUAGCACCAGGUGAGCUCUUUCUACUGGGGCCACUAGAACUGCAAAAUUGUUUUACAUUUGGCUUCUUUUUCUUUGAAGCUAACACUUUUCUCAAAGGUAUUGAAGGAAGCGUUAUUCAACCCAUGAAACUCCCACUAAUACAUUCUGAAGUGGGAUUAAAUUACGCAGACUUCUACCAAGCGCCAGUAAAAGAAAAGUCCUCAUUUCAUCGAAAAUCAUAAUAAAAAAGCUAAUGAAUACUGAAGGAACUCAUAUAAUUUUCUCUUUUUUAUAUAUAUUUUUCAUUUCAUUUCUUCUGUUCAUAGCCUGAUUUGUUAUUAUUCUUUGCUUCAAGUAGAAAGGAGUGUUUGCUAUCUGAUAAUGGAGGCUAAUGAUUGUGCAUAGUUGUUUGCUGUUGUAUAAUUUAGAUAAAAGUUGGUAUGAGGAAGAUAAAGAAGCUGUUAGCUAUUAUGGUUUUUUCAGAUAAUUGAAUAGUAUUUUUGGCCUGAAAAGCCAUUUCUGUCAAA